AUGCGGCUGAUCAUCGCCCCAGACGCGGCCCGCGUCGGCGACUGGGUCGCUGCGUACGUUGUGCAACGCAUCAAGGACUUUGGUCCGACCGCCGACCGCCCCUUCGUGCUCGGCCUGCCCACUGGCAGCUCGCCCCUGCCUACCUACAAGCGCCUCGUGGCGCUCUUCCGCGAGGGCAAAAUCUCGUUCAAACAUGUCGUGACGUUCAACAUGGACGAGUACGUCAACCUGCCCGAGGAGCACCCCGAGAGCUACCAUACGUUCAUGUGGUCCAACUUUUUCAAGCACAUUGACAUUCCGCCGGCCAACGUCCACAUUCUCAACGGCAACGCGCCCAAUCUCGAGCAAGAGUGCGCUGCGUACGAGGCCAAGAUCGCCGCUGUCGGCGGCAUCGAGCUCUUCCUUGGCGGCAUCGGCCCCGACGGGCACAUUGCGUUCAACGAGCCAGGGUCGUCCUUGGCGUCGCGCACGCGCGUCAAGACGCUGGCGUACGACACCAUCGUUGCCAACUCGCGCUUCUUUGGCGGCGACAUGGCGCAGGUGCCCAAGAUGGCGCUCACGGUGGGCGUGGCCACCGUCAUGGACGCUCGCGAGGUGCUCGUGAUCAUCACAGGCCACUCCAAGGCCUACGCGCUAUACAAGUGCAUCGAAGAGGGCGUCAACCACAUGUGGACCGUGUCCUCCAUUCAGCUCCAUGCCAAGGCCGUGAUUGUGUGCGACGAAGAUGCGACGCUCGAGCUCAAGGUCAAGACGGUCAAGUACUUCAAGGGCCUCCACGAGACCCACGAGCGCAUGAUCAAGGACAGUGCGUAG